AUGUCGGAUUUCGAAGAAUUUGAGAAACAGCUCAGCGAAAAUCGACAGGGGAGUCGCAGCCGAGAGAAGAGGAGCCGCAGCCGAGAGAAGAGGAGCCGCAGCCGAGAGAAGAGGAGUCGCAGUCGAGAGAAGAGGAGCCGCAGCCGAGAGCGAAAGAGCCGCGACCGCCGGAGCUCAUCCCGGGACCACAAGAAGCACAGGGCUGGGCCACUCACUAGAGGUUUACUGCCUCAUAAUGGGCAUCUAUUCCACUCCCCCAGGAGAACCAGGAAGAAAAGGACCUGCAAAUAUUGGGAUGUGCCUCCUCCUGGCUUUGAACACAUCACAACAAUGCAAUAUAAAGCUAUGCAAGCGGCCGGGCAGAUACCAACCAUCGCUCUGCUGGCGACCUCCACCAGCGGCGGCUUGGCUUCAGCUCCGACGCAAGUGCCCAUCGUUGGCAGCCAGAUGACCAGACAGGCCAGACGCCUCUAUGUAGGAAACAUUCCCUUUGGAGUAACUGAGGAGUCCAUGGCCGAGUUCUUCAACGCUCAGAUGAGACUCGCCGGCCUCUCACAAGCCCCCAGCAACCCGGUCCUGGCUGUGCAGAUCAAUCAGGACAAAAACUUCGCUUUCCUAGAGUUUCGGUCUGUAGAUGAGACGACACAGGCGAUGGCCUUCGAUGGAAUCAUUUUUCAGGGUCAAUCACUGAAGAUCAGAAGACCUCACGACUACCGGCCUCUGCCUGGAAUCUCAGAGCAGCCGGCUUUCCACGUCCCAGGCGUUGUCUCCACAGUCGUACCUGAUUCUCCCCACAAACUGUUUAUAGGAGGCCUGCCCAACUACCUUAAUGAUGACCAGGUGAAGGAGCUCCUGACGUCGUUCGGGCCUCUCAAAGCGUUUAAUCUGGUGAAGGACAGCGCCACCUCGCUAUCUAAGGGUUACGCCUUUUGCGAAUAUGUCGAUAUCAGCGCUACAGAUCAGGCAGUAGCUGGGCUCAAUGGGAUGCAACUGGGCGACAAAAAGCUGAUAGUCCAAAGAGCGAGUGUGGGAGCUAAAAACGCAACUCCUACCUCCAUCAUCGAGACCCCGGUGACGCUGCAGGUCCCCGGCCUGCAGAGGCUGCAGAACUCUGGCCUGCCCACGGAGGUGCUGUGCCUUCUCAACAUGGUGAUGCCCGAGGAGCUGGUGGACGACAAGGACUACGAGGAGAUCCUGGAGGACAUCCGAGAAGAGUGCUGCAAGUACGGCAGCGUGCGCUCCAUCGAGAUCCCCCGGCCCGUGGAUGGGGUGGAGGUCCCCGGCUGUGGGAAGAUCUUUGUGGAGUAUGUUUCUGCUGCAGACUGUCAGAAAGCCAUGCAAGCCCUCACCGGCCGCAAGUUUGCCAACAGAGUGGUGGUCACCAAAUACUACGAUCCGGACCAGUAUCACAGACACGAGUUCUGAAAGCACAGGAGAGUCCUUCUUUCUGUUUGUGAAAGGAGAAUUCUGUUCGGGCGGUUUCUUUACCUAAGAAAAUACUUAUUUUAUUACAUCUUCUACCUAACAAACUGCACUGAAGUGUGUGUUUCUUCACCGAAUAUCUAACUCCUAGCUUUAGCUUCAACACCCAUACAGUGACCUGAACUGAGUGAAUACAAAAUAAUACUGCAGUAUCUAGGGAUGUCACGAUGCCAGAUAUUUAGUAGUGGAUAACCAUACCAAUGAAAUUCCACAAUUCUUGAUACCUAAUGUGUAAUUGUAUGUUACUAAGGGGCGGGAAAUUUGACACAUUGACUCAUCUCUAUACGGUUGACCAAUCACAACAGAGCUGGCAAAAACAACAUUUUAAAAGACCUUUUUUGAACACGUCAUGACAACGAUUUGAUUUACCUUCGCUGAUUUAAUCAUUUUGAACGCUUCACAGUGAAACUCUAUGGCCCUUCCACUAAACCGGCUGCUAACGGCAAACAUGAACUAAUCGUUCUUCCAAAAUGAGUGCUAGUGAUGUAAUGAACACCUCUUUCAACAGUACCCUAAUUUCUGUAGAAAAAGUACUUUCAUACGAUCAAAAUGCUUGCAUCAACUUGGUACCUAAGUAUCUGUUCUUGUGACAUCCCUAUCAAUAUCCAUUACAUUUGUAGUAGAAGGAAUGUGACAUGUAUCUUCCCUUAUCUAAUACUGCCUGACGAUGCCAGAGUAGCUGUCUUCUGGAGAUGCACUAUAUGAGAAAAAAACAAAACAAAAUGUUUAGAUAUCCCUACUGAGCACAAACAUUCAUUUCACUGUUUUCGAUUUGAAAAGCCAUCAUAAAUGUUUAUUGUGUGGCUAUGAGAAAAAAAAAAAUGUAUUUUUUGAAAAGUAAUAUUUUCGUCUUUACGUAAUAUAUUAGUCAUUAAACAUAUACAACUCUAUUACACUGCUCACAUAGAUCAAAUACAGGGCUGUACUGAGCAGUUCAAAGCUUCAACUAAAAUGCUACAUUCAAAUAUUAAAUUAACAUUUGAAUGCUGCAAAGCUUCUUUUUUUUUGUCUGAUGUCUUUUCAUUUACUUUAAAGCUGGUAUUUGUUCAAGGUUGCAGAUAAAGAUUGGUUUUAUUAUACUUUGUGUAGAAUUGAUUCCAGUAGUGGCUGCAUUGCAUUGCUUCUGACUCCAAACAUUUUGUAUAACACUUUAACAAAAAAAUCUAAACUUUUUUAUCCAACCAAGAACCAAAUAAUCUGCUUCAAUCCAUAUUUGUUUGUGUUUCAAGAUCAACAUUUUGACUUUGGUCCAAAAAACUUUGUUUGCUUUCCUACUUGCUGCACACAAAUGGUGGUACCAAUAUUAACCUGUUUUAUUCAUUCAAUGAUAUGUUAUUCAACUAAAUGCAAUUUCUAACAAAAACAUCAAAUUGUCCUCGCUUUUCAGGUUGACGAUGUAAUAAAAUAUGACAAAAUAUAUUUUAACCUCAAUUGAAGCUUCACAUUUUUUUUAAAGAUGGCAUUCGGUACAGCCCUAACUAAAUCUAAACGUAAUCUUUUUAAAACAUUUUAACGGUAAUGGGGUAAAUGUGAGUGUGUUUUGUCACCCUUAAAUCAAGGGCCUUUUGUGUAAAAUAUGACUUUAAAGAAAAGCAAACGGCUUCCGUUGGUCUAAUAAAAAAAACGAAGCAGUAUAUGUUAAUAAAUGCACCUUUAAGUUUUGUUGAUCGCAAACGGAAUGACUUUUUUCAAAAACAUUUAUUAUUUUUGUGAACAAUCAAAGAAAAUGGAUCCAAUGAAAGCAUUAAUGUAUUAUUAGAAAAUAACUUCUGCUUGAAAAGUGCAAGCGCAAACAUCCUAAAUGAUUUGUCUGAUAUCGGGAUGUGAGAUAAUGUUCUGUUACCACAUGUUUUAGUGCAAUAAAUAU